UUGGCUGCCCUGGUCAAAAGGCAGGUUAUUCAUCAACCGCUACCAGCAGUUUCCCUCCGCUCAGCCUACGCUCUUGGCGUAGAGGUGUGCCUUGAUCGACGUCCUGUCCGAGUGUUUGCCUUUUAUAGGCCGCCGGGUGGCCGCCUGGAGGAGAGCGACAUCCACGCACUCCUAGACCAGGCAACCCCCACCAUCAUCGCAGGCGACUUUAAUUGCAAGCACACGGCAUGGAACUCGACACACGACGACGCCAACGGGCAAAAGCUUCUAAACGACGCGGAGAGGGAAGGGUAUGCAGUAAUGGGCCCAGAGGUCCCAACGCACUACCCCUACCAACAUACCGCCGCGCCUGACGUCAUCGACCUCACUUUAGUGCAGGGCCUGAACACAGACCCAUCGAUCGACGUACUAGAUGACCACGUGAUGUCGGAUCACCAACCGGUCCUGGUCACUAUCGAUCUGGCGCCGAUCCGUAGGGAAAUCCCGCCCCCGCGUCACAGACAGGACUGGCACAUCUUCGCAGACCACCUGUCGAAGAACUUGCGGUCGUUUCGAGUGGACAGCCCCGACGAUGUGGACCGCCUUGCCCUCGAGCUCACCGAGUCUAUCACCCGGGCACUCGAGGCCUCGCGGCUAAGCACCACAUCGCACCGGAAACGACCGCAGUUGCCUGCCGGGAUACGUGACAUGAUAGAGGACAAAAGGAGGCUGCGUAGAUUAUACCAGCGCACCCGAUGCCCGACCAUCAAGUCCCAGCUCAAUGCUCUGGCGGAGAGAGUCUCAGCGGUGUUGGAGGACCACGCUGUAGACUCCUGGUACAAGACCAUCGAGCGAGCUGGAGAGGACUGGUCGGGUAUCCACCGCCUAUGCCACCAAGUCUCCAGGAAGUCAGAACCGAUCCGGCCCCUGCUAGCGAGUGACGGCACCCCGCGUUACCGCGCAGCGGACCGAGCCGAGAUCUUCGCUGACUACCUGGAGACACAGUUCCAGCCUAAUCCAACCAAGGACACCCUACACGCAGAAGAAGUUGAACGGAGAGUAGACGAGUACCUCGGGCAAGCGAUAGCCCCCACGGAAGACCCCAUUGCUGAUGGCAGCCUACCUGAGAUAACUCUCAGGACGACGCCUCGCCGCGGCAAUCAUCACCAAACGAGACACCAGGGCUGCAAACGCCCACCACAACGACCCGCCUGUUUUUACAGGCGGAGUGGAGGCCAGCUUAGGGGGCCGUUGCCCCGACAAGCUCACCUCGACCCUCCCUACAGGGGGGCCUGA